AUAAUUGAUUUAAUCGAAAAUCUUGUCUGCAUUCAAAUGAAAAAAGAGCCUGAAUCAUUUUUUGAUCAUCACUUUCUUUUCACUUGUCAACUGGUACCUUCACCAGGUAUACCUUUAAUCCAAGCUCAGGAUGGUAAAACUUCACUUUCG